AUGAGUCUGUCACAAACUUCAAAUCAGCGUCCGGUCUCAACUGAAAACCAACUUGAUGCGUCAGUUAUGGUUGAAAAUCAAGAAACCAGCUUUGGUGAAUCAAUUGCCAGUUUGUUAGAAAAUCAAAACCUCUUGGGAUUUAAUGGCUUUUCUGUCAAUGAAGUUUUCAAUUGUAUUGGUACUGAGGACAUACAAAGCCACUUGAGCACUGAUCAAGACCCAUAUUCAAGAAUUGAGGCCUUGUAUAACCAAUUGGCCUACUCCCUUGGACUGCCCGGUAUUAGCAAAGACUAUGACCAUCUACAACGACAAUUAUCUGUACCUCCACCGCGUUCGACAUCCUUAAGCACAGUGGCAACUAGUAUUUCGUUGGCUGCCAGUAUGAUGCCAAUUAACUUGCAAGAUACGAAAGCAGCUCAAGUUCUCCCGCUGUUGAUGAGUGAAUGUCAAUUUGCUCAAUCACCAUUGCAUCAUGAGGAAUCAUUUCAAUUAGUUUCAGAAAAGUCCAGAUACUUGAACCCACUUUUGGUCAAUAAUGGCACACCAGUUGUAAAAAAUGCUAGCAGAGCUGCUCCUGAUGGUAAUUCUACUAUUGCUGAGAAGUUUUGCCCCAAAUUUUCCUAUCCUACAAAUUUCGCAACCAUUGCAAGCUCGCCUCUUUUUGGGAAAAACUUUGUUUUGAAUUCAAACUCGGAAACUUUGUCAGAAAGAAAACAAAUUGAACAAAGGGAGACUGAUGAAGAUAGUACAAAUCCACAUUUAGGUAGCUGCAAUGUGUUUCCUUAUUACCUGCAAAGUCAUACAUCCAAGUUGGAUGAAUUGAGAGAGUCCUUGAACAUGUUGCCUUGUUAUGGGUUACCUAGUUCACAGUUUCUUUAUGAACAAAGUCGUGAUGCUUCGGUGAUUUCGAAUAGUUCAAUCAGCUAUGCAGCAUUAGCAACAGUACGAAGAAAUGGCACUGAAGAAACCCCAACGCCCCUGAGAUGCCCUGAUCAAAUGACCAUUCCAUCUUCCCCAAUAGCAAAAGCUAUUCAUUCUAAGCAAGUUUCACUGGUGGUACUACAUCAAGGAGAAGAGUGUUUGUCUUCUGAAGAAUCCGAAGAAACUUCUUUGGCACGCUUUGCUUAUGUUCCACUAUACAACGUACACAACAUGGUAUAUCCAAUAAUAUUUACAUUCAUAGAACGUAAACAAGAUUUCAUCAGCUAUGUUGAACAGUUCAUAAACGAGAAGACAGAACCGCUCCCAUCAUCUUCAAGACCCACUCGUUACAUAAGAAGACCGGCUAGGUGUCAUUCACCUACAAGCUCGGAAAUUUACGACAUCGGACCUAAAAUUCUCCCCAUCCCCUUUUCAAAGGACUUUGUGGCUUUGAAAAAGACAAGAUUCAAACCAUUGUGGGAGUUGAAAACAAUGCCCCAAUACCAAUUACCCAAAAAUCAAACAUGUAAUUAUAUGAUUGAUAAAAUGAAGAAAAAGCCACAUUGUCCUAAUCGGCCAGCAAGCGGUGGGCUUGGUGCAUUUAGAUUACAACCACCGCCAUUGAGUUCUUUAGGUGAAGCAAAAAACGAUCGGUAUUAUUCCAGACUCAAUAUUUAUGAGUUGUCGAAGAUUUUAGAAUUGGAUCAGUACGAUAUAGAAAUGACGAAAUUUAUUGAGGGGGUGAUAUUGGAAAUUUUUGGCAAUUAUUGUGAUUUUAAAUUGGGGUUACAAACUUGGAUUAGGGAUACUGAUAAGGAGAAGCGGAAAUCUCUAAUUCAACAAUUGUAUUCUUACAGUUCGAUUUUCUAUCCGGAGCUUGAUCAAUUUAAAUUGGAGGUUAUUAUUAGACGGGGGAGUUAUAGUAUGAUGCAAACGAGAUUGAGAAGAGAACGUCGGUUGCAAAAAGUUAAAAAGUGA